AUGUUUCUACUUUUCUUACUUAUCUACAUCUUCACUGUUACAGGAAACAUCACCAUUUUCAUAGCCGUGCUGAGAAACUACAAGUUGCAAAUACCUAUGUUUUAUUUCCUGAACCAUCUGUCUGCUAUGGAAAUCUGGUACACUUCAGUCAUUGUCCCUAAAUUGUUGUCCAGCUUUGUAACAAGUAACAGGAGUAUUUCUUUCAAUAACUGUAUGAUUCAGCUGUAUCUGUUCAGUUCUCUUGGAGCCUCUGAGUGUUAUCUACUUACUGCCAUGGCUUAUGAUCGAUACCUAGCUAUUUGCCAGCCUCUGCAUUAUACCACCAAAAUGACCAACUCAACUUCACACCAGCUGGCCUCUGGAUCUUGGAUUGGAGGCUUCAUUUCACCAAUUCUUCCAGUUGUAUUAAUAUCUAAACUUAUCUUUUGUGGUCCUAAUCAAGUGAAUUACUUUUAUUGUGAUUCUCAACCUCUUCUUAAACUGUCCUGCAGCAGUACCCGCUUUACAGAAACAGCAAUUUCUACAUUGGCAACUGGACUUAUAUUUACCUCCUUCCUCCUAACUGUACUCUCCUACAUCUUUAUAAUUUACACAAUUUUAAAGAUUCCUUCAGCCACUGGAAGAAAGAAGGCUUUCUCCACAUGUGCUUCCCACUUAACUGUUGUUAUGAUUUACUAUGGUACCAUAACAGCCAUGUACAUGCAGCCCAUGUCUCGAUUUUCCUUAGAUACCAACAAAGUGUUAUCUUUACUUUAUACAGUUGUUACGCCUAUGCUCAAUCCUAUUAUUUAUAGUUUAAGGAACCAGGAGAUACGGCAUUCCCUGGGAAAGUUCUUUGGAAAAAAGGAUGAACAGAAAUGA